UUUUCCUUAAUUCCACUGUUGCUUGUGACUCUGCACGUGAGUGUGUCCAGUUGAAAGUGGAGGAAUUUUGGUCCAGAGACAGCAAAAGUCCAGUGUGGAACAGUUCUUCCUUCUCGCAUCUGCAAUCUUGAAGAAUUGCCGCGCAUCCAGAAAAUUAUCAUCCAAACUCUCGAGUUCAGAAGCUCCUCUUCCGCGCUGCACAAGAGAAUCGGCCAGAAACAUGAUUUCCACACGGAAGUUCUGCACAAUCGCCCUAAUGAUCCUCGGUGUGAGUCUGAUGGCUGUUGCAAUGAUUGAAUCUGUUCCAGUGCCCAGGUACCACAGUGGAUACUACAAUGAGAUUGAGGAGCAACCGGAAGAUGUGCUGAUGGAAUUGAUUGCUCGAUUUGGUCAGACAAUAAUGCGAGCGCGUGACGAUCUGGAAAACUCGAAACGAACUGUGGACUUUGGCCUGGCGAGAGGAUUUUCCGGCAUUCAGGAGGCCAAGCAUCGCAUGGGACUCGCGGCGGCCAACUAUGCUGGCGGUCCUGGCAGGAAGAGGCGGUCUGACUCCACUCCUGUGGCCCCUCCGGACAGCGAAGCUUAAGCUGCAGGCGCAUCACAAGGACAGCUAUUCACUAUCCUUUCCCCACCGAGUGUAAAAGAUUUUGCAGCAUUCUUCUUCCUGCUCUCGCCUCUUCGCCUUUUGCCAAAGUGUCCCCAAAAUCCCCGCUAAGUCUCUCUCUCCUCUUCAGGGCCGAACAAAAUCAAGGAUACGCCAAUUUUCCCCUUCUCCUUUCUUUGUUAACAAGUCUCGAUUGACAAGAAUUCCAAGAAUAUAUAUAUAUAUUAUUAUAAAAAUUAAUAAAAAAAAAUCGUGAAAAAACUGUGUAAAACCAUUAGGUUAGCAUCUGUUCCUUGCACUUUUUCUCUGAGACCGACAAAGUAUUUAUGAAAAUGAACUUGUCAUUGAUAAAUCUUAAAAAAAAAAACAUCAAUUCUGCGUCUAAAACAAUAACUUAUAAAUUAUUGUGGUGUACAUGAGAUAUAAAAGUAUAUAUAUACAUAAAAAUAUGGAUGAAAAGAACCUACCUAUCUCUAUAUGUAAAUGUUGGCAAAAGAAAAUUACAUUAAACAUUAUUGUAGAUGAAUUACUAUAUGUUAUGAUUCACACAUGAAAUA